GGCCCCGGCUCCAGAUGUGGGACUGGGCGUCUGUGCGGUGCAGUUAAACCGCAGUGAAAUCUGAGCCCGCUCCGGCCUGCCUCUCUGUAUUUUGGGAUGUUUUACAUGGGGCAGGACAAAGACACGUUACCAGGCGGGAGCCCAGUCUGAGCAGAUGUUCCUGCCCUGGGAAAAGAAGAAGAAGAAGAAAGAGAAGAAGCGACGUUAUUUGUGCAGAAGAAGAAGACGGUACAGUUUCCUCCUGCUGCGAGUCCUGUGUUUGAAGCUCAAACGAUUUAACGGAUUAAUUACUGCAGUGAGGUGAAGGACAGCUGACUGGAUGCGUUUUAAUACUAAACCGAAACCGACGUUUUGAAGGACAGAGUUUGUGCUGAUAUGGCUGAAGAUGUCUGUGGAUUCUGAUAACUCCUGUGUUUUGCUGUCAUCGCGAGACUCCAGGACGUCCUGCGUCUUCCAAACAGCUGAUGAGAAAGAUGAUCUCCCGGGAGUGGGGGAGGAGAGCGUCCUGGAGAUGCUGAGCUACUCCAAGUUCUCGGACCUAGAGACGUGGCUGUGCAUGCCGUCCUCGCUGCUGCUGCCCAGGGUUCUGGACUCCAACCGCACUUCCUCCGCCUCCUCCUCUUCCUCCAACUCCUCUUCCUCACAUGCAUCCAACCACUCCUCCAAUUCCCCGCCGGUCUCCUCCUCCUCCCCUUCCUCCUCCCCAGCUUCCAACUCCCGGCACUCCACUUGCAGCGAGCCAGGAGAGGCCGACACACCGCUCAGGUCGUCGGAGAAGGAGUCCACCUUCCUCACUCCUGCGCUGAGGAAGGAGAUGCCGUUUCUGGCCACGCCCCUCCUCCCCAUCCUCUCCUCCACCCCAGCCUCCCAGAGCGGGGUCAGCAUCAGGAAACGGCGGCGGCUUGCUGCCAGUCCUGGGGGACUCCACUGGAACUCUGCAGGUUCAGUGCAGCGCGAAUUCUGGUCACCUGAUCUGUCUCCUGGGUCGAGGGGGAGUGCAGCAGCAGCAGCAGGUGGACGAAGAGGAGGAGGAGGAGGUGCAAAGAGCCUCCCCCUGGUCGAGGUGGGCGGGGCAACACCGGCCCGUGCUGGCGAGCGGGCGGCCCUGAGGAAAACGGUUUCGGUUGAUGACCGACUGCUGCAGCCGCCAGGCGGAGAGGAGCGACACCUGAGGCUGCUGAGUCGACUGGAGAGAGGCAGGAAGAAGCUAAGAAACAUCCAUAGUCUGGGAACCACAGGAAGAUACGACACCAGGAAAAAGUAAGUCUCCUCUCGCUGUGUUUAUCAACAG